AUGUCGGCAUCUUCGAAAUUAUUGGUACUGAAUGCUGGGAGCUCAUCACUAAAGUUUAAGGUGUUUGGCCUAGAACCGUUCUCAGCAGGUCUAGGCGGAAUGUUCGACCGUAUCGGCGAUAAGGUCAACUGCACCCUAAAGGCAAGCGCUCCGGCCGAAGCAUGUGGCGGGAAGGGCCGCAAAUGGGAGCUCAAAGUUCCUGCGGCGAAUCACAUCGGCGCGAUGCAGAGCAUCUUGGAUUUCAUCAAGGACAAUGUCUCCAGCGCUUUUGCGCAGGAGGUCGUCGCUGUCGGUCACCGCAUCGUCCAUGGCUUGGAGAUAAGCCAGCCGGUGCUGCUAACCGAUAAAACCAUAAGCAAAAUCCGCGAUGCUGCGGUCCUGGCUCCGCUGCACAAUCCCCCCGGCUUGCAGGGCAUCGAAGCAGCGGAGAAAGUGUUCAAGGGUGUACCGCAGGUCGCGGUCUUCGACACCGCCUUCCACCAAACCAUGCCAGCCCACGCAUACAUGUAUGGAUUGCCGUACGAUCUGUACGAAAAGUACAAAAUUCGGCGGUACGGAUUCCACGGCACCAGCCACAAGUACCUUCUGGAACAGGCGGCAGGUAUGCUCGGAAAACCCGUCUCCGAAACCAAUGCCAUCAUAUGCCACCUGGGCAACGGCAGCAGCAUUUCGGUGGUCCGCGGUGGUCGGUGUGUUGAUACCACCAUGGGCAUGACUNCACUGGAGGGGCUGCUUAUGGGCACACGUUGUGGAGACCUGGACCCGGCGGUGGUGCUCUUCCUGCAGCAGCAACUGAAUCUGUCAGUGCAGGAGACGGACACCCUUCUCAACAAGAAAUCAGGUCUCCUGGGUCUAACGGGCUCUAACGAUCUCCGUACAGUCAUUGAGGCGGCCCAGCAGCGAGGGGAGCCGCGGGCGCAGCUGGGUUUGGAUAUGUUCGUACACCGGGUGCAGAAAUACAUCGGGGCGUACUGGGCUGUGCUCGGAGGGCAGGUGGAUGCGGUGGUGUUCUCAGCUGGUAUUGGUGAGAACUCCUCCAUCAUCCGGGGCCUUAUCCUUCAACCGCUCAAGGGCAUGGGUCUGGAUCUGGAUCUCGCUGCCAAUCACGUCACCGUGGGCGGCCGCCGCGGCGACAUCUCCACGCCGUCCUCCCGCACCCGGCUGCUGGUGGUGCCCACGGACGAGGAGCUGAGCAUUGCGGAACAGACCUUGCAGGCGAGAAAGGGGGGAAGGGAGGGCGGGAGGGACAAUACACUAGGCGGAAAGGGGGAGUUGGGGAUUGAAGGGUGGUCGAAUACGGGGGAGAGAGAGGGAGAGGGAGGGGCCGAGGAGGGGAUGAAAGGAUGA